AUGAAUGUAAACGACGAUGACGAAGUAAAAACGGCACUAGCCUGUGCACAUCAAUUAAAAAACGAUAUUUGUCGAAGUGCAGAAAAAUUUAAACGAUUACGUUCGAAAUUCUUACCCGUUCUUCAAGAGAUUGAUAGGUCUCAUGUUAGUGGUUCUAAAAAUGAAUCACCAACAACAAAUAGUGACACAACCAUCGAUAAUUGCUUCCUACAGGUAUCGGACAGUAUUAUCGACGAACAUAACAAUACAAAUCGACCAUCUUUAGUUGUCUUUGGAUCGAAUUCGUGCGGAAAAACAGCGUUUAUUCAACGUUUUCUUGGCAUAGGAAGAAUAUUACCGUCAGACAUCGGAUCAAUCACAGCACGCAUAGUUCAGUUAACAUAUGCAGAAGGUGGCCAAGCUCGUUGUCGUGUUUAUGAUACAAAUGAAAAAACACAUCUCCUCAUUGACGAUGAUCUAUCGUCAUUUUUUACCGAACCGGAUAAUUACGAUUGGGAGGGUCUGACGAACAAAAUUUUAGUUCAUGUUAAACGUCCAGAUAACAUUAAGGAAGAAACGCCUGAAUUUACCGAAUGGGCCAGAUACUUCGUGGAAAUUUCACUUCCUUCAAAAGUUCUCGCAUUAGGUAUUGACGUUUAUGAUACACCGGGAUUUCUUUCCAGUAAUCGCGAGCAAGUUCUAACUGAUAAUUUGCACGAAUUAGUCAAACGUAUUAAACCAACGUUAGUUUUUCUGUACGACAAUGCGACAAUCGGUGAUACUGAUAAAAGCUGCUUUUUGGCCAUGAAACAUGCCCUCGGCUCGAUGGAACGUGUUUCUGUGUUCUUUUUAAAUACAAAAGCUGAUUGUAUAUCGAUUGCGAAUGAUUAUGGUCUUGAUGACGAUCCAGAGAACGUUACCGAGAACCUUUUUCAAGAAGCACUUCUUGAAAAACGACAGAAAUGUUACGAACUGCUUCUUCGACGACGCGAAAUGGCAAGCGAAGUACUUGGUCGUUUACCAAAUUCUGUCACUGAAUGCACGUGUUUCGACAUAUGCACUGUACCAAGAGAUUUUGAUCCCUGGCAAACAUACACUGAUACAAUUAACACAGGUACCUUCCGACGCAUUGUUAAGUUCACCGCCGAAGCUUAUUCAAUGCCUACAUUGGCAUUGGCGCGCGAUGUAUUGGCAAUAGUAAAUGAUUAUUUCGAUUUAGUGAAAUCAUUUACAGUUCGAACGUCGACUCAACUUGAUGCUUUGCGUCAAGAAUCGCUAGAGUGGAGCAAGAAAUUCUUUGACGAAUACGAAAACUUAUUACCAUCUCUAAUCGAUGCUUUAAUGGCGAAUAUCGAGAGAUUAUUUCAAGAACUCAAAGGACAAAUAGUAACUCAAGCCACAUUGAUUACACGGACUGGCGAUCGAAUCGAUGCACUGCUACAAGACAAAUCGAAACGUAUACAAGAUUACAUCAGAUUAGCCGUCCAAGAGCAAAUUAUCAAAGUAGCAGCAAAUGAUGUCAUCAUUUCCAAACGAGAUGAAGUUAUGUCCUUAAUCGUUGAUCAUUUUCAACGUCCAAAGGGUCAACGGAGAAAUGAAUUGUUGACACGUGCUCAACAGCAUGUUUUAAGUGAUCUAUCUGCGGAAAUAUUAGAAAAAACAACUUUAUUCAACUUGUUUCUCAAUGGUCUGAUCACAAUACCACUGGUGUGCACACGUUUUUUCCGUAGUUUACCUACACGCUUUAGUACAUACCGCAAGGAAAUAUAUAAUCGAUUCGUUGAUACCCAGAUCCAGAAAGGCGAUAACAAUGACGACGUCUAUAAACUGCUCGACGCCAUGGAUACUUAUUCUACCUUAUCGAAUGAAGCAGGACGUCGUACACUUGCAGAGCGUUAUCUAGCAGAAUUAUCCGAUAAAAUUAAGAGGCAAAAAGACAUAUUUAAUUAUAAUUUACAAUUAUGGAUAAGUAAUCAGAAAGAAUCAUUCAAUAAGAAUAUCGAAGCCAAUUAUAACUAUAUUAAAAAUCAUCUUUCAGAUCAACGAGAAUGUUACAAUAAGCUUUCGAACUUUUUCAGUUCAUUCGCAAAGAUCGAAUGUCAAUUGUUAGCAGCCAUCGAACUCCAUAAACGUGACGGCAUUCGCCCUAUUCUUGGCGAAGAACUAGGACGAGGUGGUUUCUACACUGUUUAUACAGCACAAUGGCAUAACGAUGACAAACUAGCUGUGAAAAAGUUACUUGGUGCAACAGCUAGCAACAAUAGCAUCGUAGCCAUUGAAGCGCAUGUACAUCGAGUCGUCACUCUUCUCUCUAUUGACCACGUUGUUCCACUACUUUAUACGUAUGAAAAUAUCGUGGAUAAUGCUCAACGAGAGCUAUGGCUAAUAAUGCCUAGAUAUGCCAUGUCAUUGCAACAAUAUCUGAUUAAAAAUAUGAAUAAUCUUGAUUUCGUUCGCGUUGUUAGUUUUGCUCUUACGAUUGCGACUACUCUCGCAGAACUUCAUCGUCUUGAGAUUGUUCAUCGAGAUCUGAAAGCAAGCAAUGUGAUGCUUAAUGGCGAUGAUCAAUGCUAUCUGAUCGAUUUUGGCACAGCCAAAUUUGGUUUAACUAGUGCUACUGUUUUAGGCACUGCACCACUAUCACCCGAGAUGAUUGCCACACUUUCAACUCAAGAUGUCAGCUGUACAACAUACGAUGGUGCUGCAGCUGAUAUCUACUCGUUCGGAGCUCUUCUGUAUGAAAUGCUACCCAAACCCCAUUAUGAGCGGCUCGACAAUCAAAGAGUUUCACAAUUAAAGCAACUAUUACGUUUGAACCCGAAAUCUGAUGUAUAUACAGAACCUUACGAAAAACUCAUUUGCCGAUGUCUUAGUCAAAGCCCAGAAGAUCGGCCAACUGCAAUAGGAUUAGUAUCGGAUCUGAAAGAUAUCCAAGCGAAAACAGAAAUCAAGCCGUGCAUGGUAUGUGAAGAACGACUUCGUAGUAUACGUGUUCAACCUUGUGGACACAAAUCAUCAUGUGCACAAUGUUGGGAGACAUGGUCGAGAACGUCAGUGGGGAACGUAAGGUGUAUCAUCUGUAAAAAGCUUGUUGCACAUCAUACACAGGAUGAUAUCAACGCUACAUACGCCAGUAGUCAACAGAAUGCAGCAAAUAAUGGCACAUUUUAG